AUGAACAUUGAUCAUCAACGACAAAAAUAUGAACAAUGGAAGCAUCAAUCCGACAUUGCACAGGUUCAAAAGACCAUUAAAGACAAACAACAGAGGAUAAAUGUAUUAAGACAGCACAAAAAGUCAGCACUCGAGACAACAAAGCGUCAAAAUGCCUAUCAAAUCAUAUUGGACACCAAAAUACAAAAAACCCUUGCGCCGUCUGAUAUCACUCUUCAAGAUCCUCUAGAAAACAUUGGCCGUUUUAAAAAUUUACUGCGAUUGCUUGUGAAUAUCUUAAUAGAAAAUCAGAGUUCCAAAGGAUCACAGCAAAUUAAAGAAAUUCUCAAAACAAUCCAAAAAGAUAUGGAUCAAUUACGCUUACAGCCCUCAAUUGACUAUAUGAAGUGCCUGAAUCGUUUGGUGGAUCAAUGGAAUAACGAACUGCCAAAAUUUGAUCGGUUAGAAUCCACAAGUAAUAUUCCCGGUGAAGCUCAAGAGGAGUGGGAAAAAAACCUGCAGAAAUUUAGGUCUAGUCAUGUAGAGGCUGAUUUACGACUUCAGUUGUUGUACAAUCAGUAUCCUUUGUGGGAAGAAAAAGAAGAAAAUCUCACAAAGAGACUAGAGGAACGGGUACGAGAUCUUUAUCAUGCCCCAGAAAUCCGUACAGCUGUCAUUGAAAGUAUAUAUGCCAAAGCAGAGAGUCAUCAGGCGUUGGCAGAACAGAAAUCAAUGGAAGAUAGUGUAAAAUCUUUCCACAGACAAGCACUGGAAUUUGAAAAGAAUUACGGAGAUUUGGCAGAAUUGAAGAGAAAAACUGAACAAAUUGUUGACUCAAUUACUUUCCAAAAAGAAAGAGUAAGACAAUUGAUGGCAACCAAUCUUGUCUAUCGAGAUCAUAUACUUCAACAACACAAACAUAUGGAGGAGUAUCUUCACAAAGUUCGGAUACCAACCAUACAUACUAUCCAAAAAAUGGAGAAAAUGUUACGUGGAAAGGUAGAAAAGGAAGCUGCUUUGCUUUGUAAAAUGUCCUUGUUCGCCAGUCAUGAUGAAGAGAAAACAUUAAACUCAUUAAAAAAUACAGUUAAUCCUUUGUACACAAUGUCAUCUUUCCAACUUCUCGCUACACUGGCCAAUAUGUCCCUUCAAUCUAAAAUACUUGAAAGUAAUCCGAUUCAAUCCACGGUUAAUGAAACUACAGAAUUAUCCAGUCAAUUAAGAACAAGAGCUCAAAAAUGGCGUCAGAGCUUGAUAGACAAUAAAAUCUUGCUACCUGAGACCAUAGUAAAUGAAACCCAAGAGCCUAUUGAUACAAUGUUGUAUGCUGCUGAAACAUUUAGAGUACACAUACAAGAGCAGGAAGAUGCAUUUGUACUACAUGAAAAGAACAGUCUAAACUAUAAGAAAAAUAUGCUGGAUAGUACAGCUAAUACAUUAAAUUCUAUUCGACAUGUUAUUGAUGAAAGGCAAUGGUUAUUAGAUGGCCAAUGGGAAGAUUGUAAGCUAAAAUGUAAGACUUUUAAGGAAUGGACAUCAGACAUUGAAAAUAUACCAUAA